AUGAGCCCUGCACAAUUCCAUGCAAAGAGGGACAUGAUCAAUAACAAUGCCUUGUGCCCACCUCCCCUCAAAAUUGACAAGGACUCCUAUCUCAUCAAGAAACCGUCAUUGUCAUCGUCGUUGACAUCAACGUCGUCGCCUUCGCCCAUUAACGGCGUAAUGGGGUCGAACAAGCCCCAACAGCGCCAUCCGGUCAUAAUCUACACCCAUUCUCCGAAGGUAAUCCAUACGCACCCUAAGGACUUCAUGGCCUUGGUGCAAAAACUCACCGGGCUAUCGCACUCCGAAGACAACGACGUGGUCCCAGCGCCGCAUGAUCAUCAUCGGAAUUCUGGAUCGGACAAUAAUGCCAGUUUGAAAAUGUUGGAUUCGGAUCAGGAGAACAAAAGCAAGGAUAUUGUACUAGGAAACCAUGAUGAUAACGAGUCGUCUUCUGUUAUUACCGACGAGAAUUGUAGCAGUGUAGGUGAUGUGGGGCAAGUAAUCAAUUCUUGUUUUGUGCCACCUAUUUUUGAGCCACCUCCAAAUGCAUACAUGACAAAUAUUCCGAUAUUCACACCGAAUUCAACUGAGUUCUUGUGCUCCAAUCAACCUUUCUAUAACUACACUGAUCCUUUGUUUUUAACGCAUGGCAUGACUAGGGGGAUUAACGAGUUCCGCGAGUAUUAA